GGUUCAGCAGGGAGCGGGAUCUCUGAGCGGUAGCGGAGAUCCGCUGGGCUACGUCGGGAGGAUGGAGCAGGUGCUGGCGUGUCCGCGGUGCCGCCGCCUGCUCCGGGAGCCGGUCACCGCCGCCUGCGGGCACUCGCUGUGCCGCCGCUGCUACUGCUACUGCUACAGCUACAGCUACAGCGGCGGCGUGAGCCCGGGCUGCUGCCCGGUUUGCCGGGAGCCGCAGCCGGAGGUGCCGGGCAGCCGGCUGAAUGUGCUGGCCAGCGGGCUGCUGCAGAAGUGGUUCGCCCGGGAAGGGCGGCUGAACCCGGGCGGCGGCUUGGCCGAGCCCCCGGAGACCGGUUCUGAUGAGGAGGAUGUCCCAGACUCCUCCUCCUGCUCCCAGUCUGUGCCUCCUGAUCUCCUUAGUAUCUCGGAUUUUGAGUGCUCAGUCUGCACAAGGUUACUGUUCGAACCAGUCACCACCCCCUGUGGCCAUACCUUCUGUAAGAAAUGUGUCGAGCGAUGUUUGGAUUACAGACCCUGCUGCCCCCUGUGCAAGGAGGAUCUAAGAAAGUUCCUGCAGCAGAGGCUGUACCGGGUCACCCAGCUCCUUGACAGCCUCAUCACCAUUUAUUUCUCCACGGAAUUCGCAGAGAGGAAACGGCUGAAUGAAGUGGAAAUGGCCGAAUUGUCCAAUUUGACGAACAACAUUCCAAUCUUUGUCUGCACAAUGGCAUUCCCAGGAAUCCCCUGCCCACUGCACAUCUUUGAGCCCCAUUACAGACUGAUGUUGCGACGCUGCCUGGAGACAGGAACUAAAACAUUCGGAAUGUGUGUAAGCGAUCGUGGAAAAAUUUUUGCAGAUUAUGGCUGUAUGCUGAAGAUUGAAGGAAGUCAGGCCCUCCCAGAUGGUCGGUCUCUGGUCAACACUGUUGGCGGACGUCGCUUUAAGGUGUUAAGAAGAAACCAGAGAGAUGGCUAUAACACAGCCGAUGUUGAAUACUUGGAGGACAAAACGGUUGAAGGAGAAGAGCUCACUGAGCUCCGCCAUUUUCAAAGGCGUGUGUAUGAACAGGCCCGGAACUGGUUUGAGCAUCUGCCAAGUGCGCUCCAGGGACAGAUCCACACCCAGCACGGGCCCCUUCCAGACCAGGAAGAGGAUGUACAGGCUUCCCCAGAUGGUCCUUGUUGGUGCUGGUGGCUCCUCGCUGUUCUACCGAUGGACUCAGCUCUUCAGACAAUGGUGUUUUCAUCCACAUCAUUGCAUGACCGACUGAUUCACCUCCAGAGGGUCCUGGAUUAUUUGGCACAGAAUCCGAUCCAGUAACCGACCCUAGGCUUUCAUUGUGGAGCACAAGGGGGAUGGUAGCAACUUAUUACUAUCAUCCCAACUCAAACUUCUAGGGGAUUUGAAGAGGGCAAGUGGAAGAUAUCUGUCUCUUGAACUCCUGGAGGCUGCAGUUUCCACUUGUCCAGUAAUUGCUUAUUGAAAACUGGGGGACCUGGAAUCGCUAAAAUCCUCUGAUUUCAUAAAAGAAAUGAGUAGGGCAUGAAGAGAGCAAAUGACAGCAGAAUUGGGUUUAAAAGUUCUUCAGUCCCUAGCUGAGACAGCUGAGGAGUUGGGAGGUUCUGAAAUGAUGUGAUGGAAUCGGACAGGGUGUGAUUUGACCCCAACACGGGGAAGAUGCAGAGAUUCCUAUCGUUCCCCAUUGCAUCACUGAGCUGAAUGCCAUCCCCAACAUCUUUCACUGAGCAACAGGCUAGUUUCUGAGAACUCCACAUCUCCAGUGGACAAUGGCCACAAAAUGGUGGCACCUGUGAAACCCUGACCUCUGCCAUGGUGGCGGGGGGAUUGGCGGGGUGGGGGGGAAGGCACAGAACACUUUUUUAACAACGUGACGCAAGCAUUUGUAUUUCUCAGGUGAAUGGCUCGAUGCUGAUGUGAAGUAGUGAGUAUUUUCCACACUUCACCCAUUUCACCAGCAAAUUAUUAUCAUCAUCCUGAUCUCAAAAUUUUUACAGCAUAGAAGGCCAAUCUGCCCAUCAUGUCUGCACUGGGUCUCUGAAUGAGCAAUUCACUUAGUGCCAUUCUCCCGCCUCUUAGUGUCUUAUGCAACACUUUUCUCUUCUCCCCCGCCCCCCCCCCGCCACCCCAAUGUAGCAGCCUGUUUAAGAACUCAUGAACCUCAAUAAUUAACGUGCAAUUUUACAAACUCUCAAUAGACUAAGGGAAUUACAAAAGGGAUCAAUAAAGUAAUUGGGCUCAUGUGCAUUUGCUUGCUGAGAUUCUAAAUUUGGCUUCAGCUCUUAGAAUUGUGCAAUUCUUCAAUAUCUUUGAAUGUUUUAAGUUGCUGAGUAUAUGCUAAAUGUUCACCACUCUGAAUCCCAUGCACAAAUGACUGUCUUUAUACAAAGUGACCACAUAGGAACUUAGGAGCAAGCGUAGGACAUUCAGUCCUUCAAACCCACUCCGCCAUUCAAUAAGAUCAUGACUGAUCUGGUUGUGGUCUCAAUUCCACUUUUCCGUCUGCCCCCAUAACGCUUGCCUCACCUGUCUAUCAAAAACCUGUCGAACUCUGCCUUAAAUAAAUUCAGUGACCCGGCUGUACUGCUCUCUGGGGAAGCGAAUUGCACCUCCUAAUGACCCUUUGACAGAGAAAAGUUAUCCUCACCUUUGUCUUAAAUGGCAUACCUCUUAUUCUUAAACUGUGCUCCCUGGUUCUAGUCUCCCCCACUAGAGGAAACAUCCACCUUAUCAAUUCCCCUCAGGAUCUAAUAUAUUUCAAUAAGAUCACUUUCAUUCUUCUAAACUCCAGUGGUUGUAAGCCCAACCUGUUCAAUCUUUAUUCAUAAGAUAAGCCCCUUAUCCCAGAAAUGAGUCAAAUGAGCCUUCUUUGAACUGCUCUUAAUGCAAUUAUCUCUCUCUUCAAAUAAGGAGACCAAAACACUUCACAGUACUCCAGAUGUGGUCUCACCAAGGCCCUGUACAGCUGCAGUAAAACUUCCCUACUUUUAUAUUCCAUUCCCUUUGCAAUAAAUGCUAAAGUUCCA